GAAGGGGCGGGGUCGGGGACGUCGGAGAGGAAAGAGCGGACGCCACCGAGUCAGGCCGGAGCCGCUGCCGUCGCCAUGACCCGCGGUAACCAGCGUGAGCUUGCCCGCCAGAAGAACAUGAAAAAGCAAAGCGAUUCAGGCAAGGGAAAACGCCGGGAUGACGGGCUCUCUGCAGCUGCCCGAAAGCAGAGGGACUCGGAGAUCAUGCAACAGAAGCAGAAAAAAGCCAAUGAGAAGAAGGAAGAGCCCAAGUAACUCUGUGGCUCAUGCCCAUCUCUCUUGCCCGUCGACCGUGUGCCUGGAGCCAGUCCCGUCACGCUCUCGCCUCCUCCUGUAGCGCUCACAGGUCCCAGAACUGAUGGCAUUCCCUUCGCCCUGUGUCUGCAGUGGGUUCCCUCUGUGCAUCCUUCCCCCCAGGCAGCCUUGCUCUCCUCCAGGGCAUUCCUGGGGGUGAGGGGGCUACCCUCUCCCAGUGUUUUUUAUUCCUAUGGGGCUUACCCCAGAGUAUUAAAAGUAGCUUUGUAAUU